AUGAUUAUGGUUUUAGAAAUUGUCGCACAAAAGAUGAGGAAAAUCAACUCCAAAAUAUGUAUAAAAAAUUGUUCUUUGCACCUCAAUUUGAUGCAAUUAGUUUACACAAAGCCUGUAUGGCAGGAAAAAUUUUUGAAUAUGUCGGCUCUAUUCUUCCUAAUGAUGCGUUUAGAGCUGAUCUUUUGAGAAAUCCAUACCCUUAG